UUCAAAGCAGCUUUACAGUGACAACAGGAAUAUGAUCCAAUGAUGCAAAUGGUUCUUUUUGGCUGUACAGCAGCUCUAAACGAAUAGAGUGUCAUUGUUUGGCUGAAGUCAGUUCAGUGUUGAUUCAGUUCUGUUGUAAAGAUCAUCAAUUUUUAAAUUAGUUCAUUUCAUCUAUAAAGGAGCUCUGCAGAAAAACAGUGAUGUCAUCAUCAGUUCAGUUCUCAUCCAAUAGUGUCAGUGCAGUCAAAUCAAAAAUAUUAAUAAAUAUUAAGUGUCCACAAUUAAGCAAGCCAGAGGCGACAGAAUGGAAUCCAAACUCCAACAGGCAACAGAAUGGAGAAAACCAGAUUCAGUCGGAUCAGUUCUCCUCUGGCCAAAUGAACGAACAAGGUGUGAUUAUGUUUCAGGCUGCAUCACAAGUCAGAAAAUCAGAUUGUGGAUGGGUAGCAUAACUAUAAUAAAAUUUUACGGUACUCUUCGACUUCACUCUUCUUCAGUCUUCAGUCAUUAGUAAAAACAAUUAAAAUUAUAUUUUUAUAUAUGCAUAUAUUUAUGUAAGCUAUUAUUUAUGACGUUCAUAUCAUUGCAGGUUGACAGGCUAUGGAUAAAGCCAUAGAGCUGGUUGUAGCCAUUGUGAGGUCCCUCAACCAGUAAAAUAAACACCUACACACAGAAUCCAUGUCAACACAGUUGGUUCUUCAAAACAGAAUUCAAAUGAUGUAUAGUGUGUUACUAUACUAGUAUGUUAAGAAGAAGGUCUGACAAAAUAUAAUGCAGUUGGACAUUAUAUUGGAUCAGAUCCUUUUGCAAAUAAUGUAUGAAUUCUGUCAUUUUCCCCCCUCAGUCUCCACUCAUAUACAAAAGAAAUCUGCACAAAUAGAAACCUGAAAAAGGGGCAAAUACUUUUUGACGUCCCUGUAGUAUUGCACUGACAGUUAGUAAACACCAAGCAGUUUUGUCCGGUCUGCCUUGAGGCCUGUGGGUGUGUUCUGCCAGCCCUCUUUGAAGCCUGUAGUCCUGCAGAUAGGUAUCUCUCAGGUUUGAAAGCUCUUCAGAACCAGUUCUGCUGUCUACAGUUGUCCAAGUAAGUGUGUUUCUCAAUAGCACUUGUGGGCUUAUAGUUUGUAUGUUUGUUUUGAACUUUAUAAGGAGGACAGCUGUUAAAAAUGUUCAAACAAUAUUAUUUUGUAUUACAGACAUGUUAAAAAAAAUGUUGACUAAUAACUCAUUAACUAAUCGGUUUAUUAAUUAAAUAUAACAGAAAGAGGACCAGAUUGCAAACCAUUUCUAGGGGAGUUGCAUGUAUAUAGAUGUGUGCAUCUUUUGUUAUUUUAGCAUAUUACUGUUGUGAGAAAAUAUUCUACUUCUUUAUUGGUCAUUGGUCAACAAUUUUCAUUUUCUUUUAUAGGUAGGCUAUAUAUGUAUAAGGCAUGGCAAAUGUUUCUAUAAAGUUCCUUAGAAGACUAUUCAGAUUAGGCUAUUAAAUUUGGAGUCUGCUUUAGAAGCAGUCAUUAUGCUUCUGAUAAUUAUUUAGCAGACUUCAGUCAACUUUCAUUCAGUAUUGCAUGUGUUCUGAAAAACAAGGCAAGGAUUAAAGCACCUUCUGUGAGAGGAUAAGUCUAGUUUUCUAGUCUUCUUCUAGUUUUCAUUAUAUCUUGUUAUUAGUUGUUUGCCAGGCUCAUAGUUUCAUCAAAAACAGCUUGUCAUAUUAAUUUUCAGGAUUGGUUGUUUCACUGGACCAACCGGUUAAUCAUGUACACAUAUAGCCUGGCUAGAACAGUCCUGGCCUGCUUUUUGAACUGUGAAGUGAAAAAGCAGGACAAGUGAGAUUUUCAAAUCUGAACUUGAUGUUUCAGCCAGAGACUGAUAAUUUUAUGGGGAAAAAAAAAGAAAGAAAAAAAAAACUAGUUUGUAUGUAGAGUUUAUGUAGUUCCAAGUGAAAUCCAACAGUCAGAACAAUUAACUGUGCAGUGUGCCAUUGAUAAUGCAGCAAUGGUUUUGUUAUUUUCAGAGUGCGUAGUGGUUAAUAAGGACCUGGACUUUUACCUCAUGGGAUGCAGUCAAGUCCCAAGACUGAUGUAGUUUAAGUAAAGCCACAUGAGUCCCUAAGUAAAGCUUAAUCACGACAAUACAAAUAUCUAAGUGGGACGAAUUUGUUUGGAAAAAAUAUAAAUUAUAUACCAUAUAACAACAUAUUACAUAUUAGAGGUGCAUUCUUUUUUCUGCCAAAUAACUAAAUACAUUCAAUUAAAAGCUCAUAUUACAGCAUACAUAAAGAUACAGUGAUUUGGUAAUCAGUGAGCUCAAUCUACAGGAUGAGUGGAACGACCGCAUUCCAUUGGGGGUGGAGACUGAACAUUUGGUUUAUUCUGUGUUGCAGGUUCAGGCAUGAUGGAAGGCAUUAUUCCCAAGAGCAAAACCAAAGGUACCGACUUCUGUGGCAUCAACAGCUACUAUUAUAUAAUCCGCUCUGAUCUCGGCUGCUAUAUGCAGUCAAGCAAUUUCAAUAAAGGUUCAGACAUCUCUGUUUUCAGUCUGCACCCUACCUGCAAAAAUGGUGACCAUUACCUUGGUAGUGGAGAUGGCUACUUUUACAUCAUCAAGGGCACGUCAUACCGUAGAGUCAGCAACCUGACGACAGACAGCAGUGCUUCAGUUCACAGCCUUCAUCCCAACUGCCAGGGUGGAGACCACUACCUUGCAGCCUUUGGCAAGUUUUACAUCAUCUUCCAAGGAAAGGGCACUUACCGAAGAACAACAAACAUGAAUCAAGACUCAGAUGCUGUAGAAUACCCGCUGCAUCCCAAAUGCAAAAUCGGUUUGUAUUACUGGGGCCUGCCAAACCACUACUACUUCCUCAAGCCAGUCUCAGAGUGGGGAGUUGAGUACUACAAAGGCACAAACUUCAACAAAGACGAGUGCACUGGUGUCUAUUCUGUUCAUCCUGACGUUCUUAACUUCUUGCCUGGAGGGCUGUCAAUAACUAAAGGCCCAGCCUUUGGCAUUUGGGAGAACAUUAAAACUAUAACUAAUGACAGAAAUUCACCAGUGACAUGGCAAAAGAGAAUUAACAAAAAGGUUGGUUACAACAAGGAGAAGAUGUCUGAGAUCACACACAACUGGAAGAUAGCCAUGUCAACCUCGGCUGAAUCUAAAGACCUCUUAGGGUUAAUUGCAAAGUGCCAGUUCUCCCUUUCUACCGAAUAUGGAGGUUCAUAUGUCAGCACUGAAAACGAAAGCUGGAAUGAAGCGACUGAAGUGGAAGAACAGCUCACAUUGGAGCUGAAGCCAAACGAGCGUGUAUAUCUGUGGCAGUACAAACUGGGUCUUGGUCAAGAAACAGUUUUGUUCUGCCGUGAUUUAAAGAUUGACGAUGAGCCAAACCCUCCAACUGAAGUCCCGCUGCCACCUGCGCAUUCAUGAAAAAAAAUCAGGACUGGUUAACUCCAAGGAUAACCAAGUGCCUCAGUUAAAUACCUUAAUUCUAACUUUUCAAACAAUUACUUGGAUAUCUGAAAGCAUUGCUGAAAAAAAAAAAAAGCAGAGAGGAGGUUGGUAUAUAGCAAAGCAAUUUUUCAGUUAGAGUAGAUGUAACUACUAAAUACAAUACAAUCCAUUGUGGUAUAUAUGAAACUUUGUGUUGAUGAUUAAAAUAACAAAAUCUCAUGCACUCAAACUGCAAACGAAUCUUAGCAGGCACAGUGGAUUGGGUGGAGGGAGAAAUAUACACUGUAUUCUGUAGUACUUAUGCAUUAGGUGCAUUUAAAAGCUUUGUUUUCCACUUGCCUAUUGUUUAAAAUUUAGAUUUUCAUCUGUAUCCAGUAUAAACUUAUAAUAUAUUACUGAUUAUCAGCAUUACAUAUUUCUAUGAAUCAUAUUUGUUGUCAUAUUUUUUUUUUUUUCUUCACUUUCUGUCUUACUGCAUUCUUACUUUAUAGCAUAUACCAUUGGGACUUUGCUUUCAAUAUGUUGAAAUAAAGUUGGUUACUCCAUUUUAAGUCUUAGUGUUUUUCUUCACUAAAACCUAGUCAUAAGAAUGUUUGACAACACCUGUCGUGACUUUGACUUUCUGGACCCUCUGGGUCAGCAUGUAGCCACAGAUAUCCAGAGUUCUUUAAUGUUCAGUUAAUGCAAAGGUGUGUUUUUUUUUUUUUUUAAGCUGUGUGUCACGGUACUGCUGGGUAGAGCUCACUCACAAAGGUACAGGUGGCAAGAAUCUGAGGUAGGUAAUCUUUAAUCCACAAAAUCACAAGAGAAAACAAUAACAUACCAAAUAAACACAACUAUCACCAAACAAAGAAACAAGAGCAACUAAGAGAAUUAGAGACUAAACAAGGUAACUCAACAAUACACACCUGAACUGAGGACUCCAAUCAAUCAGUAACCAUAGAAACUAAAUGGCAGGGAACAGAGGAGAUCAGAACUAAUUAACAAGCUAGAAGCAGGCAAAAUAGAACAUGACAAAUCAAACUGAAAUACGAACAAUAAACAUGACUAAAACAAACUC